AUGAGCUCGGGCACAGAGAAAAUCGAAACCAGCUCCGCGACGGGGUCCUCGCACAGUUCGAGGUUCGAUGAUCCUUACGUCGCAGCCGGUACGGCGCCUGGUACGGCGGCCGGCACAGCGGCCGCCGUACACAACGACAUAGAUCGGGCCUCGUAUUCCGCUGCGGGGUCCACCAGCUCCGAAGACGAUUCCAGCACGGGUAACGUUGAAGACUACGAGGGGCCUAGGCACCGGGCCAAUGCCGCUGCCAGCAGCGGCAAGGCCGCGGAAGCGGGCCGAGACGCGGAUCUGGACCUGGAGCUGCAGCGCACGUCGACUAACGCCGCAUCUGAGAGCGAAGCCGCCGUCAGCCGCCGUCUAAGCAAGUACCUGACGGGGUCACAGAACGAGCCCGACAAGACCACUGUAGACUACACCGGAUGUCCGCCCAUGGGCGGCGGCAGACCGUACCCGCCCGCAUUGCCGGAUCGGGCGCCCUACGAGGUGACCUUCGACGGGCCAGACGACCCGCUACACCCAUACAACUGGCCCUCCAAGAAGCGCGCGUUUCUGUGCGCGCUUCUCGGCAUGAACGCCAUCGGCGUCACCAUGGGCUCCUCCAUUUUCUCCGCGGCCAUCCCGCAGAUCUGCGAGGACUACGGCGUCAUCCAAGUGGUGGCGAUCCUCGGCAUUACUUUAUACGUGCUCGGCUUUGCCGCCUCCCCCAUCAUCUACGCACCGCUCUCGGAGUUGUAUGGGCGGCAAGCGCCGCUGCUGAUCUCCUCGUUCGGGUUUACGCUCUUCCAGUUUGCCGUGGCAACCGCCAAGGAUCUGCAGACAAUCAUGAUCUGUCGGUUCUUCGGCGGGUUUGUGGGUGCUGCCCCGCUUGCCAUUGUCCCCGCGUGUUUCUACGACAUGUACAACAACGAAACGCGGGGUACAGCAAUCACGAUUUUUGCGCUCGGCGUCUUCAUGGGUCCCAUCUUGUCCCCCGUGUUUGGAUCUUACAUCACGCAGUACACCACAUGGCGUUGGGUUGAAUACGUAACGGGUAUCUACGCGGGUGUUGUAACGUUGCUGAUCGCGUUCUUCUACGAAGAAACGCACCACCCAACCAUCCUGGUGAACAAGGCGCGCGCCAUGCGUGAAAAAUCUGGUAACUGGGGUAUUCAUGCCGCGCACGAAGACGCCCAGCUGUCGUUCAAGGAAAUCGCAGAGAAGACUAUCUCGCGUCCUAUCGUGAUGCUUUUCACAGAACCCAUCCUUCUGCUGAUCACGAUCUACAACUCGUUCGUGUACGGGAUCCUGUACCUACUUUUGGAAGCAUAUCCAAUCGUGUUCAUGGGCAAAUACAAAUUCUACCGCAACGCAGAACUGCCGUACAUCGGGCUUAUCAUCGGGAUGCUUGUCAACACCAUCUAUACGAUCAUAACCGGCAAGUCAUACGCGCGAAAAAUCCGCGAGAACGACGGCAAACCGCUGCCCGAGGGCCGCUUGCCGCCCAUGAUCGUAUCGGGCAUCGUAUUCCCGAUCGGGAUUUUGUGGUUCUGCUGGACUGGUAAUUACCCGGACAAAGUGCACUUCAUGGUGCCUACCGUCGCGGGCGCGUUUAUCGGGUUCGGCCUGAUCGGCAUUUUCAUUCCGUGCUUCAACUACAUCAUCGACUCGUACCUGUUCCUGUCUGCGUCUGCCAUCGCGGGUAACACGUUCAUGCGGUCUGCGUUCGGCGCUGCGUUCCCGCUGUUUGCCGGCUACAUGUUCAGGAGCAUGGGCGUGAACUUCGCGGGUCUGUUGCUGGGUCUGUUUGCGGCCGCGUUGAUACCGGUCCCAGUGCUGUUUUUGUUCUACGGCAAACGCCUGAGACAGAAAUCCAGGUAUGCAUUUGCGCUUUGA